AUGGCCGCAAGGCAAUUUGCAAAGCACAAUGGCACAACUUCGACGUCUAUACACAACGACUCUGUGCCAGGCAGCAUGUCUCGCUCUGCACUCACCAGCAUUUCUGACGCUAACAGAACGGAUGACUUGACAUCCAUGGCCAAGCUCCAGAUCGCCACCAAUAGGGAUAUUAAAAUCGAUUCCUAUACGUUAUCAUUCCAUGGUCGUCUGCUCAUCAUCGAGGGUGCAGAAACCUCCAUCAACUACGGACAGCGCUAUGGUCUAUUGGGUGAGAAUGAGUCUGGAAAGAUUGACAUCUACCUCCUCCGUGGUGAGACAGAACCGUCCGAUGUCAACGCCGUUGACUUCAUCGUGGCCUCCGCUCGCGAAAAGGUCGCUAAACUCGAAAAGCGCAUCGAAGAUCUCAGCAUCGCAGAUGAUCCACAUCUGCUCCUCCUUGUUGAGCCGACGAACCAUUUGGAUCUCGGCGCUGUCGUUUGGCUUGAAGAAUAUUUAUCAACAUACAACGACGUUCUCGUUAUCACCUCGCAUCCGCAAGGUUUCAUCAUCUCGGUCUGUGCUAACGUCAUGGAUUUGACGACGAAGAACAAGCUCGUCUACUACGCUGGUAACCACACUACCUGUGAGGAAGAAACAACCCACAUCAAAAGUACAUUCAUCGCUUCCGCUGGUACAUAUGCCAACCUCGUCAAGCAGGCCAAGUCGAAACAAAACAUCACCGACAAGAUGGAGGCGGCGGGACUCGUCGAAAAAGUCGAGACACCUCGACCGCUGCGCUUCCACUUCGAGGGUAUUCGCAAACUCCCUCCUAUCAUUGCAUUCGACGAAGUCGCCUUCUCAUACUCGGGCAAUCCUGAAGAUUACUUUAUGGACUCUUGUGUAGCCAUCCUCGGUGCAAACGGCACUACUUCCAAGCAUACUGCGCUCAAACUCGCCAAGUACAGCCAACACAGCGCGGACCAGAUAUCACACGACAAGAGUCCGAUUGAGUCCCUCCUCUUGCUUUUCCACGAGAAGCACCCUGAGAAGGACGUUGUGGCAUGA